AUGCUUGCCUUGUUCAAUUUAUCAACAAUUCCUCGAGGUGGUUUCAUUGCUGGAGGCCCAACUCGUUUUGAUGGUCGCAAGAAAUGUGGCUUCCUAGUCGGGAUUGCGGGAGGAACUGGACCGCUAUACAAAGUUUAUUUUAUUGCAAAUAUCCAAACAAUUACAUACCGUGUUCUCUUUCUGUUCGGCUUCAACAAGUGCGUUGAAGGCACCACUGGAACUCUUUGGAGCAAAGAUGGUCGGAUGCGUUGUCGACGAUGA